AUGAAGUUAUGCAUGUACACCAUUCUCUUCCUCGACUCGCACAUCUUCUCUCCGUGCAAUAUUCGGCCACUUACUUCCCCAAUCGAGCUCGACUGGGAACUGCCGUUGCCUAGUGCUCUCUGGGAAGCGGAUACCUCACUGAGUUGGGCCCAAAGGCUCGGCAAUGAGCCUCGCACCUUCGGCUUGACUCGGUCAAACGACGGCCCAGGCAUGCCAUGCCCCACGACGAAGUCUCUCAAUCUGGCGAUCCAAUCGCUCAUGACGGACUCUCCGAGUCCUCAGUUGCUAGAAGCGCUGAAGGCCUCUACCCUGGCAACGCUUUUUAUCCUGACCAGUCUGGAAGGUCUCGUCAGGGACUUCACACGAUGUUACUACCAGAUGCCUCCCGCCUUGGCCGACCCAAACGCUUUUCAUAUUCUCACGCAAUCUCAGAACAGGCAAGUUAGUGCUGCUCUGCGAUAUGCAGCCGAGAUCAUAACUGCACAACUCGCCGAAGCAAAUAGCUCGAACUGGCACAUAUUGAAAUUUGCCGACCGCAUAGCUUUAUCCGUUAAGCUUGCUUUAUGUAAACCGGACGAUCUUAUCAUUGGGGGCAUUGUUGAAAACAGUGUGGUUGCUGGACUCACAACCGCGACACAUCUCACACUCGGGCUUCAAGUCGGAGCUCGAAGAUCAUUACAGAACCUUCUCCGCUACAAUUCCGGAGACGACGGUAUGCUGGUCUUCCUCGAUGACUUGAUGGAUGUUCUAUCAAGCGUCACGAAUCUCGGUAAACAAGACCCCUUAAGCGAGGCACCAUGGGCCACCGUGGCCACGUACAGGAUUCUCCUGGCCAUCUGGAGACUUCUACGCUGGGCGGCCGGGGAGAUGCGCCGAAAGGCAGGGUCUCAACCGACAGUACGCAGCCGCUUUGAGGCCUCAACAAUAGUCUUCAACUCCAUUCUGGAGGUAAUCAGUUCACCGGAAGGAGUCGAUGAUCAGACCCGACGUCUUUCCAUGCCGACUCGGGAGACUACCGCAUUGGGGAUGGCCUCGGAGGACAGCGAGGCACGGUUCAGGGAGACGGUACUGCAGUUCUGGAAGAACAGGCCAGUUUGGCCCAUGGGAUCCUUCAUGACAACCGUGUUGGAGGAGAUCAUCUCUGCUGGAGGGCUAGCAUACGAAUUAAGGGGCGCGGAGUGA